AUCCGACGCAAUGCGAAUCCAAGGUCGUCUUCUAACGGAAUGGUUUUUUCUCGGUGCUUUUCAUCAGGAUGCCGCGUUGCUAGUUCUGAGAGUGCAGAUAUAGCGAAAUCAUACGCAUCCACCCUUCUUCUCCCCAGAACAAAAUUCAAACUGUGGGUAAAUCCUACUCAACGUGAGCAGGAGCUUAAGCACAAGACAACCGAAGGACUAUACGCGUGGCAGUGGGAGAAUAACAAAGGCCCUUUAUUCAGUUUCCACGACGGCCCGCCAUAUGCCAAUGGAGAACUGCACAUGGGUCAUGCAAUGAAUAAAGUUCUCAAAGACAUAGUCAAUAGGUUCCAGGUCCUUCAGGGCCGUCGUGUUAAUUAUGUGCCCGGAUGGGACUGUCAUGGCCUACCCAUUGAAACCAAGGCUCUCGAAAAACUCGAGUCGAUGCCAAACACUCUUCCUGCCGCGAAGGUUAGAGAGGAGGCUGAGCUGUUUGCAAGGUCCCAGAUUUCUGUGCAACGUUCAAUGUUUCACUCCCUCGGCAUCAUGGCUGCCUGGAACGAAGACGGGACGUACCGUACUUUGGAUCAUGAUUACGAGAUGCGCCAGCUCCGUAUCUUUCAGGAUAUGGUUAAGAAAAAUUUGAUAUAUAGGAAGCAUCGCCCCGUCCAUUGGUCUCCUUCUUCUGUCUCUGCACUAGCCGAAGCCGAACUGCAAUAUUCCGAUGAUCAUAUAUCACAUGCGGCGUAUAUUGCUUUCCCGAUACUCUCCCUUGAUUCCACGUCGGUAGAUUUAAGAACCACCUUAAUUUCGCGUGGCGUGUCCGAACUGCAGCUUCUGGUUUGGACCACUACCCCAUGGACGAUACCCGCGAACAUGGCGAUUGCUGUCAACCCUGAAUUGACAUACGCUAUUGCCACAUUUAGUCGUGGACCCCGUACAGGCCAUCCUGUGGUCAUUGCGGAGGGGCUUCUAGAGGGUUUGAAGGACAUAUUUGGCAGUUAUUCCAUCAUUGCCACCAUUCAAGGAAGCAGCAUCGUCAGCACCAAAUACUCUCACUUCUUUAAAUCUUCCGCCCCCCUGGAAGUGAUUGCCUCUUGUCAUGUUUCCCCGUCAUCUGGCACUGGCUUGGUGCAUAUGGCACCUGCCCAUGGUUUCGAAGACUAUCUGGCAUUUCUCUCGAGUGCAUCCCUAGAUUCGAACCAAGAGGGAAUCGUCGCUGACAUACUCUGUUCUGUUGAUGAGCACGGACGGUUCAGCCAUGAUGUAAUAUCGCUUGCUCCAUCUCAAGAAAUAGGGGAGAGAUUAUACGGAAAGAGUGUGUUGGGGGAAGGCAAUGCGGAAAUAGUCUCCAUCCUUCGGGAAUCUGGCAUAUUCGUACAUGAUCACAGGUAUAGGCACCGCUACCCAUACGAUGCAAGAACACAGAAACCAAUGAUCGUGCGUGCAACAUCGCAGUGGUUCGCUCGUGUUGGUGACAUUAAAGGCGAAGCACUUGAAGCCCUCAAAGACGUCAUAUUCCACCCAGAUGCAUCACGGACUCGUCUAGAGUCCUUCAUACGCGAAAGGAACGAGUGGUGCAUUUCUCGCCAACGUGUAUGGGGAAUACCUAUCCCAUCGCUACACCAUACCCGAACUGGAGAGACAUUGCUCAGUCACGAGAGCCUUGAAUAUAUCCUAUCCAUCCUCGAAAAGGAAGGUGUUGCAUACUGGUGGACGGGACCUAGCGCAGAAUUCCUCCCGACAAGCAUCCGGAACUCAGACGAUGCUGAGAAUUGGGUUAAAGGAACUGAUACCAUCGACGUGUGGUUCGAUAGCGGUACUUCCUGGACAAUGCUUCGAAGGUUCGGAGCAGGUGGAGAGCAUGUUGUACCUGCCGAUGCGUGUCUGGAAGGAUCUGAUCAGCAUCGAGGAUGGUUCCAAUCUAUGCUGCUGACGGCGAUUGGGUCACGGCCUGAUGGUACCACUGGGAGAGCACCAUUUCGGCAUCUUAUCACCCAUGGUUUUGUGCUAGAUGAGCAGGGGAGGAAAAUGAGUAAAUCUUCUGGGAACGUCGUUAGCCCCUCGGUCAUUACAUCUGGUGGCAAGGAUAAAACCAAGGACCCCGCGUAUGGUGCGGACGUCCUUCGACUAUGGGCAGCCAGCGUAGAUUAUGGCAAGGAUGUUGCGAUAGGCCCCAAAGUCCUCGCGCAAGUGUCUGACACUCUCCGAAAAAUACGUAACACCAUCCGUUUCUUGCUCGGCAACACUCUUGAGGGUGCCACCCUUGAUUAUUCUUUGACUGUCUCAAAACAAAAUAUGACAAUAAUCGACCGCUAUGUGAUGCAUCAGCUCAUUACCCUCGACAGUGUUGCUCAGGAAGCCUUUAAAUCCUUCAAUUUUCAAUCAGUCAUACCGGCACUUGUUGCAUUCACGAACUCAACGUUAUCUGCUUUAUAUUUUGACGUCACUAAGGACAUUCUUUACGCCGAAUCCCCGAACAGCAUCUCGCGCCGGGCAGUAGUGACGGUUUUAUUGCAUGUCCUUGAUCAACUCACAACUAUCAUUUCGCCCAUUAUACCUUUUCUUGCGGAGGAGGUGCAUCAAAUUCGCCAGCUUGCAGCUGGGAGGUCCUCUACCAGCUCCGUUUUUGAGCGUGGCUGGAAGCAAAUGGAUCCUGCUUGGGAGGACUAUGAUGUGCUCCGUGACAUGAACGAUUUACUCAGUCUGCGAAAUACUGUCCUCGGACUCCUCGAGCGAGCCCGUAGCGAAGGAAAUUUGCGAAGUUCUCUGGAAGCCACAGUAAGCAUCAUUCCCAACCAGGAGUCUGGAAUGGAGGCCAUGCGGCUGCUGGAGUCUCACAAGGACCACCUGAGCACAUUGUUCAUAGUGUCAGAUGUCUCACUACACUCCCUACACUCCACGCACUUGGAUGGUUGGGGUUAUGAAGAUAUCUAUAAUGGCUUGCUUGUUUCGAUUCACCCUUCAUCAGAUCACAAAUGUCCAAGAUGCUGGCAAUGGAGAGCGAAGCAACCUGAUCAUUUGUGUCAUCGCUGCAUAAGCGUACUGAGCAAUUGAUGAAGAGGCUACAAAAAAUACAGCACUGCGGAUACCACUGUAGUCGCCAGUCAUUCCCCAGACAAAAUACAACCCUUGUAAUUUGACGUCAACGUCAACGGCUAAUAGCUGCGCCCGAACAUCGACCAGCGUUUAGCAGGACGUUGACAGGCGGGGCAUUUGUACCCCUCGGCUGGAGUGCCCC